ACGUCUUCCUCCACACCCUCCAACACAGCCUUUACCUUCCCACCCCACUACUCCUUCCCCCCCUUCUUCACCCUCCAACCUGUGGCCAGCACCCGCAGCUCGCAACUCGCCUCGUGGUCCACGCUCAUCCAAUCCUACUGCCGACACCACCGCAUCUUCACCCUCUCGCUCAUCGACGCGCUGUCCACACCCUUGUUCACAAACGCCACUCUCCGCCGCAGCCUCUCCCUCCGCGACGCAAAAGCAAUCCUCACAUACAUGGCUUCGCCUGAGGGGGGCAACCGGGCGGAAUUCAUAACGGCGGGCACAAAGAAAGGCAGUAAAGUGGAGGAAGGAGAAGGAGGCAAAGUGUGGGUGUACUGGCGUAGACCGGAGGAGUGGGCGACGGCGAUUGAGGAGUGGGUGGAGAGGACGGGGCAGAAGGGGACGGUACUAACGCUUUAUGAGAUUGUGGAGGGGGAUGCGGUGGGCAAGGAGGAGUUUGCGGGGAUGGAUAUGGAGUUGUUGCAGAAGAGUCUGGGGGUUUGUGUUAAGAGGGGGAAGGCGCAGGUGUUUGGGAGUGGGGGGGAGGGAGAGGGUGUGAAGUUUUUC